ACCACAGCACGACUCACGACUAAUCAUAGACAAAAUUUUGACUUUUAUACUGGAUUACCAAAUCAAACAUCAAUUUGCUUGUUCAACUAUUGAUGAAUCUUCUCUGAGGAAAUGAUAAAAAAGAAACGACAGAACAAACUCACCAUAGUCGAUUUGCAGAUACGAUGUUGGCAGUCAGACAGCUCCAAUUAGCGACUCUUGUACUACUUGUGAUCUGCAGCACAACAAUAUCCAAAGCCCAAAAUAUUACUCAGUGCACUUCUUCUUGUGGUGAUAUUCAUAACAUCACCUUUCCAUUUCGAUUGAAAGCUGAUCCCAAGAAUUGCGGAAAUUCUAGGUUCCAGCUCGAUUGCCAGAAUAAUCGUACUGUCAUAAGUUUGGAGUCAAGGACAUAUAACGUGUUGGAAAUCAACUAUGAUAAAUUCUUGAUCAGAGCAAUUGACCCUGGUUUGCUGAAUCAGACCACGAACUGCACUUUUUCUCCGAAGUACUUCACCACAGCUGUUCCUGGCACCUCAACUUUUAACGAUUUAGCUCUCAACAUUCCCAUUAUAUAUGUCAAUUGUUUAGCCAUGGUAAACUCUUCGCGCUAUGUGGAGACUACUUUCUGCGGAUCACAGAACAAUACUUCUUUCUUUAAUUAUUCACAAAGUCAUAGCUAUGUGGCCAUAGGAGAGGACAUGUCGAUUUCGGAUUUGGCAGAGAGUUGCAGCGUGGAAAUAGUAGCCUGGGCGUCGGCUCGUGGGCUUUCGGGUAACAAUACUUCUCUAUCGAGCAUUCAGGAUGCCCUGAGUUACGGGUCUGAGCUUUCUUGGAAGCGUACCUUCUUGUGUAGAGAAUGUCAAGACUACUGUUUUUCUGAAGGCAACGACUACCGUUGCAGCCGCAACAAUAGGCACUUGCGCUGCGACGAUGGCAGCCCCUUUGAUCUUCCCCUCCCUUGUAGCAUCCACUUGCAUGGAGUUCUUACUAUAAUAUUUGGCGGAUUUGGUAUAGCUGCAAUUCUGUCAUUCCGAUUUCUCUUUGGAUUGGUUUUCCUGGUUGCAUUAAUAGUGUACAGAUGGAGAAGACGGCACUUAUCUAUGUAUCAAUCAAUUGAAGACUUCCUGCAAAUCCAAAGCAACCUUGUGCCAAUUAAGUACUCCUAUUCUGAGAUUAAGAAGAUGACGAAUAAAUUCAAGGAAAAACUUGGCGAAGGAGCCUAUGGAACUGUCUUUAAAGGAAAGCUCCGUAGUGGUCCUUUUGUUGCAGUAAAGAUUAUGCACAAGUCCAUGACUAGUGGGGAAGAAUUUAUCAGUGAAGUUUCCACAAUUGGAAGGAUUCACCAUGUAAAUGUUGUGCAGCUCAUUGGAUUCUGCGUUGAGGGCUCAAAACGUGCUUUGGUAUAUGACUUCAUGCCUAAUAGCUCCUUGGACAAGUACAUAUUUCCGCAAGAAGGAAUUGUUUCCUUGAGUUACAAACAAAUGUUCGAGAUAUCUCUAGGAGUUGCUCGUGGGAUAGACUAUCUACAUCGGGGGUGUGACAUGCAGAUCUUACAUUUUGAUAUAAAGCCUCACAACAUUCUUCUGGAUGAAAAUUUCAAUCCAAGAAUAUCUGACUUUGGGCUUGCAAAAUUGUACCCAACAGAUGAUAGUAUUGUGACUCUAACUGCAGCUAGAGGGACAGUGGGUUACAUGGCUCCGGAGUUGUUCUAUAAAAAUAUUGGAGGAGUGUCAUACAAAGCCGAUGUAUAUAGUUAUGGUAUGUUGUUGAUGGAAAUGGCAGGCAGAAGGAAGAACAUGAACCCAUUUGCGGAUCAUUUAAGCCAAAUUUACUUUCCUACAUGGGUUUACGACCAAUUUAAUGAAGGAAAUGAUAUAGAGAUGCAGGACGCCAGCGAGGAAGAUAGGAAGAUGGUAAAGAAGAUAAUAUUUGUGGCAUUGUGGUGCAUACAGAUGAAGCCUGUUGAUCGUCCUGCAAUGAACAAAGUUGUUGAAAUGCUUGAAGGAGAUGUUCAACUCCUACAGAUGCCCCCUAGACCUUUUAUAUCUCCUCGUGAGAUUGCCGGGGAUGUUAUCGAGACAAUAAAAAUUUCCACGGAGGUAUAGGUGGCCACUCACUGUGUUGUGCAAUCCAUUGUCAUAAACUCGUAAUUUACUUAAUUAAAAUCUUUCAUUUGAGCUGGUGAUUACCCUUUCUA